AUGGCAUUUCAUCACAUCCUAUAUCAAUGCCAUGAAUCGCCUUAUGGUGGACAAUUUGGAAGUCAGCGCACUGCUGCGAAGGUCUUGAAAAAUGGAUAUUAUUGGCCUAUCUUAUUCAAGGAUACGUGCGACUAUGUCAUAAAAUACGACAGGUGCCAUCACACAGGAAACAUUUCUGAGAAAAAUGAAAUGCCAAUGAAUGUCAUCUUGGAAGUGGAACUAUUUGAUGUCUGGGGAAUCGAUUUCAUGGGGCCAUUUCCACCAUCUAAUGGCCAAAACUAUAUCCUAUUAGCUGUUGACUAUGUAUCAAAAGGGUUGGAGGCGAUUUCAUGUGCCUCGAACGAUGUGAUCACGGUAUCGAAAUUCUUGCAGAAAAAUAUCUUCUCUCGCUUUGGCACCCCACGUGCCAUUAUAAGCAAUGAAGCUAACGCGGGAAGUGAACGCAAACACGGAAACUGGACCACCACAUAG